ACACAAAACAAAACCAUCAGCUGCAUUUAUCAUGGCCACGAGGGAAGUUGUAACUCUACAAAUAGGACACUACAGUAACUUUGUUGGGGCCCAUUGGUGGAAUAUUCAGGAGUCAUCUUUUAUCUAUGAUCCAAAAUUGGCACCAGCACAGAAAGAUAUAGACCAUGACAUACUAUUUCGAGAAGGGAAAAAUCUUAGGGGAGAGGUGACAUACACACCGAGACUUGUUGCAUUUGAUCUGAAGGGCAGUCUGAACACCCUGAAACAGGAAGGCAAUCUCUACGACUACAGAAACCAGGAGGAAAUCCAAUGGACUGGGGACGUCACACUUCAUCAGGAAGAUGGUCCGAAGAAAAACACCUACCUAGUAGACUUGGAGAAAGAGGAACAAGGGUAUAUGCGAGACAGUGCAGGAAGCAAUAACAGUCAAGAAUCCAUUGAUGAUGUGGAGAUUAAGGACGCAGGAAAUGAGGUCAAAGAAAAGAAACAAAAAUCAGGUGAUGCUGUAAUGGGUAGUAAAUUCUACGACCUUGAUGAGUCUGUGGAUGUAUGGUCGGACUACCUGAGGACGUAUCUUCACCCAAAGUCCAUUCACAUUGUAGAACAGUACCGUCACAAGAGUGACCUGCAGCCAUUCGACAUUUACGGGUGUGGACAGGAAGUGAUGUUGAACUAUGAGACAAGAACAGACAUUGAGGACAGACUACACUUUUUUAUUGAGGAGUGUGACCAUUUACAGGGGUUUCAGGUUUUACUGGACGCAUUUGAUGGCUUCGGUGGUUUGGGUUCCAAUAUCCUACAACACCUAGAAGAUGAGUAUUCCUCCAAAGGCAUUUUCACUUUUGCUCUCGCACCAAACAACCUCCCUGAUAAUACACCACAAAAUCGUGCCAAUAGAAUCUUAAACUCUGCCAUUAGCUUGAGUAAAUGUUGGAGCAACAGUUCGUUACUUGUGCCAAUGUGUCUGGCUAACAGUCUAUGGAAAACAAUAGGCCCAGCAGUACAAUUACCACAUUUACAGUAUAAGUCAAUAGACUACCACACCAGUGCCAUCCUGGCUGCCACUUUGGACUCAGUUACCUCUCCUUACAGACAACCUGCUCUUCUACACAUGCGUGACCUGACAGACACCUUUCAUUCUCUGGGCAGAAAGGUAGCGUCUGUGAGCUCGAGUUUUCCGUUUCCAAUUGAUGAAGACCAAUUCUUGGUUGACUCCCUGAUGUCUCUUGGUGAUGAGCUUCCCUGGGUUUCUCUGACUCCUCAUGUGAAAAACACUGUCAGCCCCAUGAUGCAGUCAACUGUAAUACGAGGCAUCCCAAACAAAAUCACCAAAAGAUCUGUGCAGGAUGAGAGAUCUCCAAAUCCAUUCAACAACUGUGAUAAUGUACAAGAUGUGUUACAAGUCUAUCUCAGGGAGAGAUUCCCAACCUCACACAGUGCUGGGAAAGUUUUGCAGGAUCCAUGUAAGGUUGUCUCCCCUUGUCCUCAUGUUUUUAAACCAAAUGUCAACAAAAAUGGAUUUCUGUCUUCAACCAAUCGACCAGACUUGCAAGGAGUUGAGAGUGUACCAGUGAUGACAAGCUUACAGAUAACAUCAGACACUGCUCAGCUACUUCACACACUCCACACAGAGGCCACCAAGUUGAACAUACGUAAACACCACCGUUAUCUAGAUGCUGGUAUGGAGGAGGAUGACUAUGUAGAGAUUUUGGGAGAUAUUGAGAAUCUACGUCGUUGCUAUGAACAACCAAGUGACAUGGGCUGAUGAAUAGUGUGAAAACUAAAUGUGGCCAUCCUCAAAUGUAUCAUCUGAGGAAAGAAAUGAUAUGGCAACAAGUUAAUUUUCUGUUAUGAGAUUAAAUGCUGCAGAAUCAAUGGAAGGCAAACUAUCUGUUAAAAAAAACAGAGCAAGUGUUGGCCCUAAGUACGCAGGCAAUCUGACAAAUCUGAACAAAUGCAUGGAUAAUUAUAUACAUGUAGAUGUAUUUGCAUUACUCUGACUCCCAUUACUGUUUGUCAGUGAGGCUGGGUGUAAAAUAGAAAUCCCCAGAUUGUGUGGACAAACAAGCAUAGAUCAUCUGAAUGAAUAGUGGUAAUCCCUGUGAUCACUGCUGGAACUAUUUAUUAUUAUAUCACUGUUUUGCAAUAAAGUUGAUCAAUAAUUCACUUAGUGGUGUGUGAAUUUUUUUCAUGACAAGAGGUUUAAGUCGAGUCCUUAUGGUAGGUCUAUCUAUAAAAUGUAACACUCUAUCACAUUACAGAGUGAAGUAAAACAUGUUUCAGAUCCAAGUCAGAGCUUCAAGGUGCAAAUGAGAGCCGAGACUGGUAGAACUAAGUGAGAGCUGUCUGUUUAAUAGAACUGAGUGAGAGUGAAGUCUGUUAGAACUGAGUGAGAGUGAAGUCUGUUAGAAAUGAGCGAGAGCGAAGUCGGUUAGAAAUGAGUGAGAGCUAAGUCUGUUAGAAAUGAGAGAGAGCUAAGUCUGUUAAAGACGAGUGUGAGCGAAGUCUGUUACUAAAGACGAGUGAGAGCUAAGUCUGUUAGAAAUGAGUGAGAGCUAAUUAUGUCUGUUAGAUCUAUCCAUGUGUUUGUGUUGCAAACUAAUAAAAAUCCCAAGACACCUU